UAUAAGUAACAGGAAAGAUCUUGUGUGCUUGUCAUCCAUACCUCAAAAACAUACACGGGAAUGGAAGCAUUUACGUUUGACGAAUUACAGAGAGAAAUUGCCCCAGUGGCUCCAUUAGGCGACGACCCGCUUGUAGUCGUCCAUUACCGCGAUCUUGAUGGGGAAGUUUGGGGCCGAAGGAGAUUGGAAAAAAAAUGAAAACUUUUAUGAAAAAACAGUGCCACUACUAACGGGCGAGCAGUACGCUGAACAGUUCAGACUGAAGAGGGGCACGGUCGGGAGGAUUGUUGGACUCUUGGGGGAAAGGGAUGAGAAUCCAUCUGGACAGGGGAGGGAACCUAAUCCCAGAGAGAAACAAGAACUCCUCACUCUUUGGUACCUGGGAAGCAUCAUCAGCUUCAGAAAAGUGGCAAUGCUCUUUGGUUUGGCAACAUGCACUGCUUGGAGGUUUGUGGAUGAAGUUAUUGAAGACCUGGUCACAAUGAGGGAUUUGUUCACCAACAUACCUCGUUUGGAAAGCAUGGCACAAGUGAUGGAGGGGUUCAGGUCGCUGAAGGGGGUCCCCAAUGUGUGUGGUGCUCUGGAUGGGUGUCAUGUAGGAAUACUACAGCCUCAUAAUCAUCCUGAGGCAUACAUCAACAGAAAGGGCUUCUUCUCAGUUAAUCUGAUGGCCCUCUGUGAUUCAUCCCACAAGUUCAUGGACAUCUGUGUGGGGUGGCCAGGGUCAGUUCAUGACUCACGUGUGUUUAGAAAGAGUACCCUGGGUAAGAGGCUGGCAGACCCCAUCACUAGACAUGCAAUCCUGCCACAAAAUGGUUUCAUCGUUGGUGAUUCUGCUUUUGAACUACAGAGUUGGCUCAUGACACCAUUUCGGGAAAAUCAACUGGCAGAAAAUAGGGAAAAGAAAAAGAAGUACAACUAUCUGAUCUCAAGCACACGUGUGGUAGUGGAGAAAACCUUUGGCAUUCUGAAGGCAAGAUUUCGACGUCUCUCCUGUGUGGAAGCGCAGUCAGUUCAGAAAGUUGCGAAGCUCAUAGUGACAGCCGGUGUACUUCACAACAUUUCACUUCAGGAGCAUGACUUUUGGAAGGAGGAUGGUGAAAAUGAGGUCACUGAAGGCGUAUAUGCCGAUGAAGAGAUGUGACUGAGAGCUAGAGUACUGCGGGAGCAUACAAAUCCGGUACUCGUUGAACCAUCCGCUGUCGUGGUGCGUAAAGAGCUAGUGGAAAGGCUUUGGGUGCUGUAGCAAGGCUGGUGGUGCUGCUGGAUGAUCACUGGCUGUGUUGCAGUGUCUAUGGUAUUUCCGUUGUGGUGUUCGCUGUAGGUCAGCAUGAUGUAGAUUUUGCAAUGCUGUGGAGGUCUGAAGGGCAGUGAACAAAGUGUUUUUUGCUGGCAGGAAAUACAACAUUUUUGUGAUCUAUGUGCAUUCCAAAAGUCCUUACAGCAGUGA